AAAAAUGGCAUUACUUAAAUUAUGGGGUUAAUGCACAAGGGGAACAUUGUCUUUCAUGGUAAAAGGUAUGGCUUUCUAUACUAUCUAUUUACCAAUAUUACACCGGCUUUAGGACCCAGGUGCACAACCGUUUCCAGACACUGGUUGAAGUGAUAGCUUAUUCUCGUCAUUCAAUAUCUCAUAUCAACGAACAAAACGCCGCAGUUUCCAAAGACAAGACAGAGGGAAACUUGUUGCGGAUAGAGAUCUAGUCAAUGAUACCGAGGACAAUCACUUGGGUCGGUGUACAGCCUUCUCAACAGCUGUCAGGAGCUUCUAUCUGCGUCUCCAUCUGCAUCCUCGGUGAAUUCCUCCACCGGGGCGCCGCCAAGGCAGGAGACUCGCCGCUUGUUUCACGGUUGUGAGGUACCACCGGAGACACCAUGAGCCAGAGGUUUACCGUGACCGCCUUUUCCAAGAGCGACAGCGGCCGUAACGUGUCAGACAUCCAGGGCGAGGUGAACCAACUGUUCGAGGGAGAUGAACCCACUCCGAGCUCUUCAAACAAAGAGGUGUCUUUCAAUACGGAGGUAGUGGUCGUGCAAGGUGAUGGGAACCCCAAGGAAAGUAGUCCUUUCAUCAACAGCAGUGAUGCUACGGAGAAGAGCCAGCAAUACGAUGGCAAACAUAUGGCUCUGUUUGAGGAGGAGAUGGAGACUAGUCCCAUGGUAUCAACCAUGAUCAGUAGCCUGGCAAACUACUCCAGUCUCCCCCAGGGCAGCAAGGAGCACGAGGAGGAGGCAGACAAUGAGGAGGAAGACAAAAAGAAGAAGAAACCGGUCAAGGCUCCACAGUUGGGGACCCUGAUGGGGGUGUACCUCCCCUGUAUCCAGAACAUCUUCGGGGUGAUCCUGUUCCUGCGGAUGACCUGGAUGGUCGGCAUCGGAGGAGUCAUUGGCUCCUUCAUCAUCGUCUUCAUGUGUUGUUCUACUACUAUGCUGACUGCAAUCUCCAUGAGUGCCAUUGCCACCAAUGGUGUUGUUCCAGCUGGAGGAUCCUACUACAUGAUCUCCCGUUCUCUGGGGCCUGAGUUUGGGGGCGCCGUGGGCAUUUGUUUCUACCUGGGAACAACGUUUGCUGGGGCCAUGUACAUCCUGGGGUCCAUCGAACUCUUACUGGUCUACAUCCUCCCCCAGGCUGCCAUUUUUAAGAUGGAGGGUCUGGAGGGGGCCGAGGCGGAGGCGGCGAUGCUUAACAACAUGCGUGUGUAUGGCACCAUUGUGCUCAGUUUCAUGGCCACGGUGGUGUUUGUGGGGGUCAAGUACGUCAACAAGUUAGCCUUGCUCUUCCUGGCCUGCGUCAUCCUGUCCAUUCUGGCUGUGUACGCUGGAGUCAUCAAGACGGCCAUCGAGCCACCUGACUUUCCAGUGUGUCUGCUGGGUAAUCGCCCGCUGAUCUCCAAAGGGUUCGACGUGUGCGCCAAAACAUUGGAGAGUGGCAACGGCACGGUCACCACCAAGCUGUGGAAUGUCUUCUGCGACUCGCCCUUCCUCAACGCCACCUGCGACGAGUACUUUGUCAACAACAACGUGUCCUUCAUCCAGGGCAUCCCUGGAGUCAUGAGCGGCAUCCUCAAAGAGAACCUAUUUGGGAAUUACCUGGAGAAGGGGGAUCUGGUGGCUAAGAAGGGGAUUGCGACUGUGGAGGGCCCUGAUGACACUCUGACCAACUCCAACCGUUACGUCCUGGCCGACAUCACCAGCUUCUUCACCCUGCUGGUCGGAAUCUACUUCCCCUCCGUCACAGGGAUCAUGGCCGGAUCAAACCGCUCAGGGGAUCUACGCGACGCUCAGAAGUCCAUCCCCAUCGGCACUAUCAUGGCCAUCACCACUACCUCAAUAGUGUACAUGUCAGCUGUGGUCCUGUUUGGUGCCUGCAUCGAGGGAGUGGUCCUUAGAGACAAGUUUGGGGAGGGCGUCAAUGGCAACCUGGUCAUUGGCACCUUGGCCUGGCCGUCACCGUGGGUUAUUGUCAUUGGCUCCUUCUUCUCCACCUGUGGGGCGGGGCUUCAGAGCUUGACGGGUGCUCCGCGUCUCAUGCAGGCCAUCUCCAGGGACGGUGUCGUGCCCAUCCUACGGGUGUUUGGCCAUGGGAAAGCCAACGGAGAGCCCACCUGGGCCUUGCUACUGACAGCGGGUAUCUGUGAGAUUGGGAUCCUUAUUGCCUCCCUGGACGCAGUGGCCCCCAUCCUCUCCAUGUUCUUUCUGAUGUGCUACAUGUUUGUGAACCUGGCCUGUGCCCUGCAAACCCUCCUGAGGACGCCUAACUGGAGGCCGCGCUUCAACUUCUACCACUGGGCCUUGUCCUUCCUGGGUAUGAGUCUGUGUCUCUCACUCAUGUUCAUCUGUUCCUGGUUCUACGCCAUUGUCGCCAUGGUGAUCGCUGGCAGUAUCUACAAGUAUAUCGAGUUCCACGGGGCGGAGAAAGAGUGGGGUGAUGGGAUACGAGGCAUUUCUCUCAGCGCCGCCCGAUACGCUCUGAUGAGACUGGAGGAGGGGCCGCCGCACACCAAGAACUGGAGGCCUCAGCUGUUGGUGUUGGUCAGUACAGACGUGGAGCAGAAUGUGGAGCAGCCUCGUCUGCUCUCGCUGACCAACCAGCUGAAAGCGGGCAAAGGGCUGACCAUCGUGGGCACCGCCUUGGCGGGCACCUAUCUGGAGAACCACCCCCAGGCCCAGCGGGCAGAGCAGUCUCUGCGUAAGCUGAUGGAGACAGAGAAGGUAAAAGGCUUCUGCCAGGUCACCAUCUCGUCCAACAUGCGCGACGCCACCUCCCACCUGCUCCAGGCUAGCGGGCUGGGCGGCCUCAUGCACAACACGGUGCUGGUCAGCUGGCCGCGCAACUGGAAGCAGGCCGAUGACCUCCAGACCUGGAGGGAUUUCAUUGAGCUGGUUAGGGAGACCACUGCCGCCCACCUGGCCCUGCUGGUGCCCAAGAACAUCGCUGCCUUCCCAUCCAAUGGAGAACGCUUCUCCGAGGGCCACAUCGACGUGUGGUGGAUCGUCCAUGAUGGAGGCAUGCUGAUGCUGCUGCCCUUCCUUCUGCGCCAGCACAAGGUGUGGAGGAAGUGUAAGAUGCGCAUUUUCACCGUGGCCCAGAUGGAUGACAACAGCAUCCAGAUGAAGAAAGACCUGUCCACCUUCCUGUAUCACCUGCGUAUCGAUGCCGAGGUUGAAGUGGUGGAAAUGCACGACAGUGACAUCUCAGCCUACACCUAUGAGAAGACCCUGGUGAUGGAACAGCGAUCGCAGAUCCUCAAGCAGAUCAACCUGACCAAGACCGAGCGAGAGAGAGAGAUCCAGAGCAUCACAGACUCAUCCCGCGGAUCCAUCCGGCGUAAGAAUCCGGCAGUGGUGACCACCCAGCUGAGUGUGACCGAAGAACAUCCUGGAGUGAGCAGCAAGGUGGAGAAACCAGAGGAAGAGUCUGCCUCUGUCGCUGUGUCCCCUCCCACUCAGGUCCAGCUCAUCCACGACAGCACCAGCCCGACCAGUCCUGCCACCCCGGCUACCCCUCUGACUCCAGCUUCCGAGGGAGGGGCCCAGACCCCAGGGUCUGCACAGGUCCAGAUGACCUGGACAGAAAAGGCCGACGGCGAGCCGGCCAAGCCGCCUGGCGCCGCCACGCCGGAGGGCAUCAAAGACAUUUUCAACAUGAAGCCUGAGUGGGAAAACCUAAACCAGUCCAAUGUGAGGCGCAUGCACACGGCACUGAGGCUGAAUGGUGUCAUCGUGAAGAAAUCCUCAGAGGCCAAGCUGGUGCUCCUCAAUAUGCCCGGGCCGCCCAAUAACCGGUCUGGAGAUGAGAACUACAUGGAGUUCCUGGAGGUCCUGACUGAGGGUCUCAACAGGGUCCUCCUGGUUCGUGGUGGCGGUCGCGAGGUCAUCACCAUCUACUCUUGAGAGAGCAGACCUUUCUCCCCCACGAACCCCUUCAUCUCCCGAACCCCACAUCUAGAAAAAAUACCCCCCUUCCAUUUGUUUUUGUAAGACACUCCCCUCACACCCAAGCAAUAGACCAGCUCACCUCACUCUAAAGGAUCUUCUGUUUGCCUAACAUACAGACACAGUUUAAAUAAGUUCACCCCAUACACUUCCCUAUGAGCACAAGAAGUUAAAAGACGUAUAUUGGGUUAAAAAAAUGCUGAAAAUAUGUAUUUUUGCUUGAAAACACGCUGAAAAUACAUAUAUUUUUGGUCGAUAAAAGAUGCUGAAAAUACAUAUUUUGGGUUGAAAAAAUUUUUAAAAAAUGUAUUUUUAGCAUCUUGUGCUCACUGGAUAUAGAGCUACACCUCAUUCUUCCAGCCCUUUUCUGGUCCUAUAUGAUGUCAGCGGUAGCUGCUUUUAGCCUCAUAUCAAAUAUAACAGAUGCUCAGAGACCUUCCCCUCUCCGUGGCCCAAAUAUCUUAUAAAGGAAAGGUUCAGUCCACUUCCAAAUCAGCCAGAAAGAUUAUCAGUCAAUACUCUGAAAUGAAAUAGUGUAAGAUAGCGCCCUCUGCUGAAUAAUUUGCAGUUAGACAUCACUGCCCAGCUCCACCCGCUUUUGUGUUAUUCAUAUCUGCCUUUUGAUCAAUCCAGUAGUUUAAAAAAAAGUAUAAAUGAUGUAACCUUUAUUUAACUAGGUAAGUCAGUUCAGAACAAAUUCUUAUUUACAAUGACGGCCUACCCCGGCCAAACCCUAACCCGGACAAUGCUGGGCCAAUUGUGCACCGCCCUAUGGGACUCCCAAUCAUGUCCGGUUGUGAUACAGCCUGGAAUCGAACCAGGGUUUGUAGUGACUCCUCGAGCACUGAGAUGCAGUGCCUUAGACCACUGCGCCACUCGGGAGCCCUAGUCACUCGGCUAUGGAGUCAAAGGAUACAGAGGGUUAGGUGAGCUGGGGUUGUUCAGUGUGGUGUUUGUGCCUGUGUGUUUAAGUGUCACAUUCAUCCGAUUGUGGUUUGUUUUUACGAGGGGAUGUUUUAGAGUGCAAUCGAGUCACCUACCUGUAAACAUGGAGUAGCCUUCCAAGACUGAACGGUGGAGGACUGAGGAUGUUGACAUUGUGUAGCUAGUCGUCUAUAUCACCCUGUGAAACCACAGCAAAGAGAGAAUAUCGAAAAGCACCUGCGGCAAGCCCUGUUCAUCACGUGCGGAGAUGACCAUCGUCGAGAAAGACUGCUACCCACGGUCAUGGUCAGAAGAGAAUGUGGUCAUAUUUUUUCAUCCGGGUCAGUCAUGAAUGAAAGAACCACAGUUGGAGGAAGAUGGGAGAGAAACAAACAAGCCUCCCGUGACGACAUAGAUCGCGCUUCAUGAACUUUGACCUCAUCUUGAGCACUCCGCAACGUUUGUUUUUGCUCACGCAUUGUCAUCAUAUUUAUACUUGUCCCCUUUCCCCUUUCUAAGUGGCUGUGUGUCCUUUCUAGCUCCAGCCACUGUUAGUGCCAAAAACAACAAGGCUAGCUUGGUUUUAGAUAUUGACACGUCGUUAAACUGUGAGGAGCGUUCUUAGCGGAAAAGUCAUCUGACAGAUGAGCUGGGGCUCUUUCUCAAUUGCCAUUCCUCAAUUCCUGCUGUCCUUUUUCCUCGAUUCCUUGUGUUUCCUCACCUCCUUGGACAGAGAGACAAGAGCUGUGUUCGAAUACUCAUACAAACCAUUUGUGACGUAAAUUGAGUGUAUAGUGUGCUUAUUGUUCAUAGUAUGGAUAUAGUUAGUAUGCCAAAAGUUCCCGGAUGUCGUACUCCAUUCGCCAAAAUACGAAGUAUACACGCAGUGGGCACUAUUGCAGUGCUUUUAGGGCCCAUAAUAUAAUAAAAAAUGUUUUCAGAUUUUAAGAAAAUGGCAGAAAAUAUGCAGCCAAAGUCCAACGAGAGCAGAUACAAAUAUGACAAAUGUUAAGAAACUGUUGAGCAAUGAAAUAAAGUAAUGACUUUUCCAGUAAGUUACCUUACACAUUAUGUAGGCUGACAAUUUGUUAGCUACGCUGUCCUUACGAACAGGAUAUAUUUUGUAAAAAAAUUGUUUUAUUUAACCUUAUUUAACUAGGCAAGUCAGUUAAGAAGAAAUUCUUAUUUACAAUGACGGCCUACCCCGGCCAAACCCUAACCCGGACGAUGCUGGGCCAAUUGUGUGCCACCCUAUGGGACUC